AUGGUGAAGGUGGUGGUGAAGAUGAUGGUGAAGAUGAUGGUGAAGGUGAUGAUGAAGUUGAUUGUGAAGGUGAUGGUGGAUGGUGAUGGUGAUGGAGAAGGUGAUGGUGAGGGUUAUGGUCAUGAUGAUAUGGAAGGUGAAGAUGAUGGUGAUGGUGAAGGUGAUAGUGAAGGUGAUGGUAAAGGUGAUAGUGAUGGUGAUGGUAAAGGUAAAGGUAAAGGUGAUGGUAAAGGUGAAGGUAAUGGUAAAGGUAAAGGUGAUGGUAAAGGUAAAGGUGAUGGUGAAGGUAAAGUUGACUGUAAAGAUGAAGGUGAUGGUGAAGGUGAUGGUGAAGGUAAAGGUGAUGGUGAAGGUAAAGGUGAAGGUAAAGGUAAAGGUGAUGGUGAAGGUGAAGGUGAUGGUGAAGGUGAAGAUGAUGGUAAAGGUGAAGGUGAUGGUAAAGCUAAUGGUAAAGGUGAUGGUGAAGAUGAUAGUGAUGGUGAAGGUGAAGACGAGUCCAGCGGCCAUCUGGCUGCAGCUGCAGAUUACCCGCCUGGUUCUGGCUCCCCUGGGCUCGCCUUAAACACCUCCCUCUGUAAUGAAGCGCUGUGGCUCCUGGCAAGGCGUCUAAAACUGGACGAUGUGGGUCACCUGUAUUAA